CAUAGCAGUGCAGAGCGCAUCCAACGCACAGAACAUAACCGUGCGCCUCUUCCUGGGCUCUCAGUAGUAGGUGCGGGGCGGGAGGAACAGGUAGCGGCGAGGGACUAUCCGCCUCUCCUAUGAGUGUCACGGGUGGCGGAGCUCUCAGGUGACCGGGCUCAGGUAGUGCUGGUGGCCGGCGCCCCCUCUGUCCUCUAUGUGCCGUCCACACAAGUGACAGUGACGAGACCCUAACUCCGGCUCCACCGUACAAGGGAUAAGGCACUGAGGCCGGUGACCGUGCUGCGUGCCCAGAGGUGGAGAGGCGGAGGAGGAGAGGCGGACCCGGAGCAGACCGGUGGCAGGCUCGGAGCUGUCCUGCGCCCUCGCACCUCCCGCCGCUUCUCGUGUUUGUUUGUGCGCUGCUGCGCGUCCCCCAGCACCCCGACCCUGCACCACCAGAGGAGGAAGACCGGGGCAGGAGGAGGCGGCGGCGGUAUGGCUUCUACCACCACCUGCACCAGGUUCACCGACGAGUACCAGCUCUUCGAGGAGCUCGGCAAGGGAGCCUUCUCUGUGGUGAAAAGAUGCAUGAAGAUUACUACAGGGCAAGAGUAUGCAGCCAAAAUUAUCAACACCAAAAAGCUUUCUGCAAGAGAUCACCAGAAAUUGGAACGUGAAGCAAGGAUCUGUCGCUUACUGAAGCAUCCUAAUAUUGUUCGACUUCAUGAUAGCAUAUCAGAAGAAGGACAUCAUUACUUAGUCUUUGACUUAGUUACUGGUGGAGAGUUAUUUGAAGAUAUAGUUGCAAGAGAAUACUAUAGUGAAGCAGAUGCAAGUCAUUGCAUUCAGCAGAUCCUGGAGGCUGUACUUCACUGCCAUCAGAUGGGUGUUGUCCAUCGAGAUCUAAAGCCAGAAAAUUUGCUAUUAGCUAGCAAAUCAAAAGGUGCAGCAGUGAAACUUGCAGAUUUUGGACUGGCAAUUGAAGUUCAAGGAGAUCAACAAGCAUGGUUUGGCUUUGCAGGAACACCAGGGUAUCUGUCUCCAGAAGUCUUACGAAAGGAUCCUUAUGGAAAACCAGUGGAUAUGUGGGCAUGUGGUGUCAUUCUCUACAUCCUACUGGUGGGCUAUCCUCCUUUCUGGGAUGAGGACCAGCACAGACUCUAUCAGCAGAUAAAGGCUGGUGCUUAUGAUUUUCCAUCACCAGAGUGGGAUACAGUGACCCCUGAAGCCAAAGAUCUGAUAAAUAAAAUGCUUACAAUCAAUCCAGCCAAAAGAAUCACUGCAUCAGAAGCACUCAAACAUCCUUGGAUCUGUCAACGUUCCACUGUUGCUUCUAUGAUGCACAGACAAGAAACUGUAGACUGUUUGAAGAAGUUUAAUGCAAGAAGGAAGCUAAAGGGGGCUAUACUGACCACCAUGCUUGCUACUAGAAAUUUUUCAGCAGCAAGAAGUUUACUGAAGAAGCCUGAUGGAGUAAAGAUAAACAACAAAACCAACGUAAUAACAAGCCCUAAAGAUUCUACCCCACCUCUGGAGCCCCAAUCUACUGUAAUCCACAACCCUGCUGAUGGAAAUAAGAUUUAUAGGCAUGCACAGGAAUCAACAGAGAGCACGAACACCACCAUUGAAGAUGAAGAUGUCAAAGCUCGCAAACAGGAAAUCAUUAAAGUCACAGAGCAGCUAAUUGAAGCUAUCAAUAAUGGAGACUUUGAAGCCUAUACAAAGAUUUGUGAUCCUGGCCUUACUUCAUUUGAGCCUGAAGCGCUGGGAAACCUUGUGGAAGGCAUGGAUUUCCAUCGAUUUUACUUUGAAAACGCAUUAUCAAAGAGCAACAAGCCAAUCCAUACAAUUAUCCUGAACCCUCAUGUUCACUUGAUUGGGGAAGAUGCUGCCUGCAUUGCCUACAUUCGACUUACCCAGUAUAUGGAUAACACUGGGUUGCCAAAGACCAUGCAGUCUGAAGAAACUCGUGUGUGGCACCGCCGUGAUGGAAAAUGGCAGAAUGUACACUUCCACCGUUCUGGGUCACCAACAAUACCCAACUAACUCUAAGCCUUGCAAGCCUUUUAUUGUAAACACUCAAAGACAACUGGAUGGUAUCUCUCAAACCAACUGCAUCCUUCCUUGUGUCCUAAUCACAAGUGUUUAUUUGAGCACAGAAUGUCUCCAUGUGCAAUGCUUUUGUGUGUUGUAUUUUUCAUAUUUUCAUCUCUGCCACACCUUACUAAGAUCCUAACAAAGGAUGAUCCUUGCUUACACUGAAGAUCUAAACUCUUUCUUUGUUUCAACAUAUCAGAUUUUGCCAAUACUACUGUUAUUCAUAUGAAAUAUAAGCACCUUUACUAUUUUGUUGGUUAGUUCACCCUAGAUUAGUAGAUGACAAACCCAGGUGGAAAGAUUUUUUGAAUAUGUCUGACCAGACUUAUCGCAAUGCAGGUAAUUUGUUUGGAACAUUUAAAGUACUUUGUUUUUAGCAAAUGCAGAAAAGACAUUUAUGUCAAUAUGCAGUAAAUACAAUUGUAACUACUGUAUUAUGUUCAACAAGUACAAGUUAGAGUUUCUAGUAUAAGUAUCUAUUACACAUUUUUAUAUAUAAAUAUACCAAGGAUUUAUGUCUAAUUAUUAUACAGUAUAUAGAUAACUAUGAACAGGUGAUAGGUGGUUUUUGAUAAUAGACAAAGCUAAAUUUUGCAAUCAGGGUAAUUUAGUCUUUUCACAAAAUAUGCAUUUUUGUGUUAUAGUCCCGAAUCUUAAGAAUUAGAUAUUGUGUGUUGUUAUAAAUGUGCAUUCUAAUGGUUAUGUUAAGAAAAAUAGCAAGCAAUCUACUGUACCUAAGAAGAUAAGAUUCUCAUAGUAAUUAACUACAACUUUAUACUUAUCCAAUGUACAAUCCAAUCCAUAAUGUAACGCGUUGUGAAUGAUAUUGUAGGAAGACAAUACAUUUUUUUCUAUAGAAGUUUAAUUUAAGAUGCUCAUGUACUCUAUUGGUUAUGUUCCGUAGUUGUGUAGUUAGAUUCAUACUGCUUCAUACAUCUGUAUGUUCGAUACCAUUGCUCAGAGUCUCUCUGUGGGCUGUAAACUUCAUGUGUGCAUGAUGGGACAUUUUCAUUCUUUGUUCCUUUUUCCUUUGUCUGACACAUACAGAUAAGUCUUUUGAAUUUGUAUUAUUCAACUUUUGUGAAUAUCAUGAUAAAAACCUAUUGCAAUUGUUAAUGUUGUUGGAUUUUGGAUGUAAUGCUAGUAUGCUCAUGAGCAUUUCAUUUUCUACCAUAUGUAAUCAAAAUGUGUUGAGCCAUUUUUACCUGCCAAUUUUAUUCUGUGAAAAGAUCUUUUUUUUCUGUACCUCUAGUCUAGACGUGGUUCCACUGUCGGCAUCUAGAUAUAGUGUAUGAUGUAAAGUUCAUAUUUUUAAUUCAUCUAAAUAUAGCAUGGAAUGCGGAUAUAGUACUGUAGAUCAACUCUGUCUUCCACAAAACCAUGUAAGAAUAGGUAGCACCAUGGUGUUUUUAUUUUAUCAUCUUUUGUAAUGUUGCAAUAUACUGUAUCAAUAAACACCAUGUAUAUAUUUCUUGCCAUAAAAUAACUGAUAUAAUUAAAGUAACAAUAAAAUUGUGUUUUCUGUUGCAGUUG